AUGCCACCCCUAAUGCCUCUGGGCGGCCAAGGGCUGGCUCUCCGCCCAGCAGCAGUUUCGUCCUUGAGAUGCGCGGCGGCUUCCGCAGCGACGAGCAGCGCUAGGCAAUUCACCACCUCUCGUCAUCGUCAAAAAGUCCUGAUUCCACCCGAGUCCCCCAAGUUCAUUAACCUCCCGGAGCCGCCUCAGUCCAAGGUGCUCCCAAGGGUCCGCAACAAGGGCAAGCUCCCCGUGCCCCGACAAAUCUUCGACCUGCGUCGGCGUGCCCCCGGGACGCCCAGCCACGGCCGCAGGGACCCGCGUCUCCAGGAUGGUUACGUCGACACUGUCAUGCCCAGGUCGAAAGCUGAGCUGGAGGGCAAGGACACGGCCAGUACACCACUCCAGCAGUGGCGCAGGAAGUUGACCAACGACCGCAGGGUCGCACUUGAGGAGGGUCUCAAGGGCCUCUUCAAGCGCCAGUUGAAGAAGAAGAGGGCUGAGGGUCGUGAGAGGUUCCUGCUCCGUGGCGAAGCCAUCGCCGCCUUCGACGCGCCCGAGCGAAGAGACGAAUUCCUCAACCGCUCGACGAUACGCGCCGAUACUAUUAGCACCAAAGUCGAGCUUGACCCUCUCCGCCACGAGCGGGCCGCCGAGUCGGCCAAGCGUACCGCCGCAAUCCUUGAGGCGCGGGCUGAGCGUCGUCGCGACUCCCUCCAGGGCCUGUACAUGGCCGCCAAGGAUUUCAUCGUGACCGAGGAGGAACUUACAAAGCGCAUCGAGGUCCUCUUCUCCGAAGAACACCAUGCUCAUACAGACCCGAACACGGGCAGCAAGGCUGAGAACAUUUGGAUGGCCAUGGGCAAGCCCUUCAAGGUGUCUGAGCGCAUGGCCCAGUUUGCAAGGACGUCCAAUGACGACAGUCGCCACUCGAACGAGGCUAGGGAGAUGCAGCGCCAGAAAAACGUGGCCGAGGAACUUACGGGCGGAAGGCUUUAG